AUGUGGCGAAAGGAAACAAUUUUGCUGCUACCAAUACUAUUUGCGAUAUUUUCGUCUGCAUCCGUCAACCGUCCGAGAGUCAUUGUGAAACAAGGCGUGUUGGAGGGAGUUUGGCAGACUUCGGCCAAAGGAAAUCAGUUUGCUGCUUUUAUGGGCAUCCCAUAUGCAAAACCACCAAUUGGAACACUUCGUUUUGAGCCACCAGAAAAUCCUGAACCGUGGGAUGGAAUCAGGGAUGCAGGUGACUUCGGCCCUAAGUGCAAAUCAUAUUUCCAAGCUUCAAAAAAUAUACCAAAUUCAUUCGUCGGCCAAGAAGACUGCCUCUAUUUGAAUAUUUUCACUUCAAAUUUACCCAGAGAGGGCGAAAAUAAUACAAUGUACGACGUGAUGUUUUACAUCCACGGAGGCGCUUUUAUGUUUGGCAGCGGUCAAUAUAGCGGAGGAAAAUAUCUGACGGACAGAAAUAUUGUGCUUGUAACAACUAACUACAGGGUUGGACCUUUGGGAUUCCUGAGCCUGGAGGAUGAAAUCAUACCAGGGAACAAUGGACUUCGCGAUCAAGUUCAGGCCAUGAAAUGGGUCAAAAUGAAUAUUCAAAAAUUUGGCGGCAACCCCGCAGCCGUGACCUUGGUGGGCCAUUCUGCUGGGGGCGCCAGCGUCCAUUAUCACUCUCUCUCCAGCCUUUCAACUGGCUUAUAUAAGAAUGGUAUUUCAAUGAGCGGCACAGCUACAUGUCCAUGGGCCUUGGUUGAUAACGCAAGGGAGCGAGGCUUGCAAUUUGCAACAAGCGUUGAGUGCAACAUUGAAAUGGGUUCAGAGCAUAUUUUACAAUGUCUCAAAGAAAAGCCUGUGGAUAGACUUAUGGCAGCCGUACCAUCAUUUUAUGUUUCUCCCCUUGUGCCCAUUUCUCCAUUUGGUCCAGUUGUGGAAUCAAAGCCAUCAACUAAAUAUGCUCCAUUUCUGGAAACUCCGCCGGCCCAAAUUAUGAUUUCGGGCAAAAUGCGCCGACAUCCGUGGAUGCUGGGUAUAGUGGACGCAGAGGGACUAUAUCCUGUUGCUACUUUCAUUAACAAUGAGGCCGAGCUGGAAAAACUAGACAAAGAAUUUGACGAAGUUGUACCGCAUUUGUUAGACUUCAAUCAUACAGUAUCGGUAUCUGAUAAACUUAAGGUAACAAAGCGAAUCAGGGAAGAAUAUUUUGGUGACAAGAAAAUCAGCAAAGAAACAUCAAAAGAAAUAAUAAAAAUGGCAUCAGACCGACUUUUUGUUGUCGACGCUCAGUGGGCUGCCAAAAUACAAAGUCGGUUUGCCCCAGUUUUCUUUUACAAUAUCAGUAAGAGACCAGGGAAGAGCUUUACCGAUUUAAUAGCUCAAACUGAUAUUGAUUAUGGUACAAGCCACCUUGAUGACCAGUCCUACUUAUUUGACUUUUCCAUAUAUGAUCAUGAAAAAUCAGAUGGUGAAAAAAAAUUCAUUGAAAUGAUUCUUGAUUUGUGGACUUCCUUUGGCAAACACGAUCUAAUGAUGCCUGAAAGUGCUGGUUUUAAGUGGAACAGAGUUGAUCCUAACAAGAAUUUUAGCUAUGCUCUUUUAAAACACGUUCCAGGAUACAUGGAAUAUGAUAAUGACUUAGGGAAUGCCAAGUUCUGGACCUCUCUUCCCAUCAAUGAAGGGACGCAAAGAACUAAAAAAACUACACGCUUGUCGGCCGUUCUUUCGUCCACGUUGUUUAAUUUUUCUUUUGCAGCGCUUCCUUUUGGAAGGAUGAUGCGCGUAAUAUUAUCAAAAGCGCUUGUUUUUUUUCUUCCGGCAAUUUUGUUCACUUCCUCUGCAUUUGCCGACCGACCCACUGUGACGGUGAAACAAGGCGUGCUGGAAGGAGUUUGGCAAACUGCAGCCAAAGGGACUAAAUAUGCAGCAUUUAAGGGCAUUCCAUAUGCAACGCCACCAGUAGGAUCACUACGAUUUGAGCCACCUGAAGAUCCUGAACCGUGGGGUGGUGUCUGGGACGCAGGCGACUUCGGUUCCUUCUGCAACUCUUAUGAAGAAAACUUAACGCCUCACAUUCCUGGUCAUGACCCAAUUGUUGGUCAAGAAGAUUGUCUCUAUUUAAACGUGUACACACCACUUUUGCCUAAAGAAGGCGAGAAGAAUCCGAUGUAUGAUGUGAUGUUUUACAUUCACGGAGGAAGUUUUAUGUUUGGCUCUGGUCAAAAAUACGGAGCAAAAUACCUAAUGGACCGAAAAAUUGUGCUCGUCACAAUCAACUAUAGACUUGGUCCAAUGGGAUUUUUAAGUUUGGAGGAUGAAAUUAUACCCGGAAACAACGGACUUCGCGAUCAAGUUCAUGCCAUGAUAUGGGUGAAAAAGAAUAUUCAUAAAUUUGGCGGCAACCCAGAAGCCGUAACUCUGGUGGGUCAUUCUGCAGGAGGCGCCAGCGUUCAUUAUCACUCACUAUCAAUGCUCCCAAGGGGCCUGCAUCAGAAUGGCAUAUCUAUGAGUGGCACGGCCACGUGUCCAUGGGCUUUGGUUGAAAACGCCAGAGAGCGUGGUCUCAAAUUCGCAAGCAGUGUGGGUUGCGACAUUGAAAGAGACUCCGAGCACAUUUUGCAGUGCCUCAAACAAAGGCCAGUGAAGAAACUCAUAGAAUCCGUUGAGCAAUUUUUGGUAUGGAAUUACACGCCAUUUUCACCUUUUGCUCCAGUGGUAGAAUCUAAACCGUCACCUAAAUAUGCUCCGUUUUUGGUUGCACCGCCAGCUAACAUAAUGAUUUCGGGGAGAAUGCGCCGACUUCCGUGGAUGCUGGGCAUAGUGGAUGCAGAAGGAUUGUAUAAUGUUGGUACUUUCAUUAACAAUGAGGUCAAGCUGGAAAAACUUGACAAAGAAUUUGACGAGCUUGUACCAUAUAUUCUCGACUUCAAUCACACAGUAUUAGCAACUGAUAGGCUUGAAGUAACAAAGCGAAUCAGGAAAGAAUAUUUCGGCGACAGGAAAAUCAGCAAAGCAACCGCAAGAGAAAUAAUAAAAAUGGCAUCGGAUCGGCUUUACGUUGCCGACAUUCAGUGGGCAGCAAAAAUUCAGAGUCAAUUUGCACCAGUAUUUUUCUAUAAAGUCAGUAGAAGACCAGCAGUGAGCCUGUCAGAUAAAAUGACAGGGAGUAAUACAGAUUAUGGUACCAGUCAUGUUGAUGAACAUGCCUACUUAUUAAAUAUGACCUAUGCUGAUUACGAAAAAUCAGAGGACGAGCAACAGUUUACUGACAUGAUUCUCGAUUUGUGGACUUCAUUUGCUAAGGAUGAUCUAAUGAUGCCUGAAACUAAUGGACUCGAGUGGAAUUGGCUUGAGCAUGACAAGGAUUUUAAUUUCGCACUUUUGGACAAAGUACCAGGACAUAUUGAAUACGACAAUGAUUUGGGAAAUGCCAAGUUCUGGACUUCACUACCAAUUAAUGAAGGGAUUAAGAGAUCUAAUAAUGUCGUGUUUUCAAAAUCAGAAAGAAAAGAUGAGUUAUAGGUAAAAGCAAUAAGACACUAAUGAGAUAACGACUUAUGAUAUUUUUUUACUGUUAAACCUCCAAAAUUUACAAAUAUGCCAAAAGCCAUAAAAUUUAAUUUGUAAAAUUAAUUAUUUUUUUAAAGCCUAUAUCAAAUUAAAAAUCACACAAUAUAACAUAAAUAAAUAUAUUCGUA